AUGGCCGCCGCCCCGACGCCUUCCAAGAAGGAGACCAGCUUGCGCGAGUUCCUAGGCAAGAUGGAUGAUUAUGCGCCAAUCCCGGCCUCCCACCCCCAGGCACCGGCCCCAACCAAACCCCCCCCACACCUCGCACGUCUCCUCGCGCUCGCGACGCAGAAAUUCGUCUCAGAUAUCGCAGCCGAUUCCUACCAGUUCGCGCGCAUCCGCGCCUCUAACAGUUCCUCCGCCAACAACCCCAUGGGCAGUCUGACAGCUGCGUCUGGUCUCGGCGGGCCCGCGGGCCCUGCGCCGGGCGGCCCUGCUGGCGCCGACAAGGGGGGCAAAGGAAAUACGCAUCUCGGCAUUCAGCGGGCUGGAUUUGGAGGUGGGGGUUCGGGUGGUACAGGACAAGGCCGGACGGUGCUUACCAUGGAAGAUCUUGGCAUGGCAGUUUCCGAGUACGGGGUUACCGUGAAGCGCGGCGAGUUCUAUCGUUGA